AAAAAACUCUUCCUUUCUAUCUCUAACCCACCAUCCCCAUCGAUCAACAGCUGUUACUCGCUACACUAUCACUUUCUGUUCCUCUCUGUAACUAUAUAUUUAUCUGUGUAUACAUAUAUAGAUUUUAUACGUAUAUAUUGUGUAAAGGCAAUUAUAUUAAUGGCGAGGUAUGGACGGACACAGGCCGAUCCGGUGGCGGAAUGGAGCUCACCGGUGGGUGAAACGGGGCUCGAAGAGUCUACGUGGCAGUUGGGAUUGAGUACUGGAGCUGAAUCGUACCCGGAAAGGCCUGACGAGGCCGAUUGUAUCUAUUAUUUGAGAACUGGGUUUUGUGGGUAUGGUGCAAGGUGUCGUUUCAAUCAUCCCCGGGACCGUAGCGCGGCUGUGGCAUCUAUGAGGGUUACUGGAGGGGAGUACCCGGAGCGGGUGGGCCAACCUAUUUGCCAGUACUAUAUGAGAACGGGGAUGUGUAAAUUUGGUGUUUCCUGCAAGUAUCAUCAUCCAAGACAACGAGGUGGGAGCCCAGUGACAGUAAAUAUUGCUGGAUAUCCAAUGCGAUCGGGUGAAAAAGAGUGUUCGCACUAUGUGAAAACGGGGCAGUGCAAGUUUGGUACAACCUGUAAAUUCCAUCAUCCACAACCAGCUGGUGUUCAAGUGACAGCACCAUCAGCUGUGGCUGCGCCUGCAAUGUAUCCUACGGUGCAGUCUCAUUCUGUUCAAUCUUCUCAACCACAUGGAUCAGUGUCUGGCAACUGGCCUGUUGCAAGGCAUCCUCUGCUUCCAGGUUCUUAUUUUCCCGGGACUUAUAGUCCCGUGCUGCUUUCCCCAGGGAUGAUGUCCAUUCCGGGUUGGAGUCCUUACCCGGCACCUGUAAGCCCAUUAGCCUCUCCUAGUCCUCAACCCACUGUUGGAGCAGGCAGUAGUCAGAUGGAGCACACAUUUCCUGAGAGACCUGGCCAACCUGAAUGCCAAUAUUACAUGAGAACGGGUGGUUGUAAAUUUGGGUCUUCAUGUAGAUAUCAUCAUCCACCAGAAUGGAGUGCACCACCAACAAGUUUUGUUCUUAGACCCAUGGGUCUUCCUCGCCGUCCGUGUCUAGUAAAGAUUGAACUAUGGGAAGGUGAAAUCAGUGAUGUAGUUUUGGCAAGGUUGCUGAACCUGCUCUGGGGGAUGAAGAAAACUGGAUGGAUUUUGGUUGCAAAGAGUAUUAAUAUGAGGGUUUUCUGGGAUUCACCCCCAAAGAGUAUUGAAUCAGUGGUUGAGAGAGAUAUGUAUGAUAAAUGUCGAUUUAAGGUCAAAGCUUUUGAUGGUGACAGGUGCCACAGAUUGGUUAUAGUCGGUCCAGAUUUGCAGAAAAUUGCUCAUCACUGUCCAAUUUCUAAUAUGGAUUUGCAAAUUCCAUCAGAGUGGAGCAAGAGUGCUGGACAGUAUAAAAGAAAAAGAGAACUCAGUACCAAAUUGCUGACAAACAUUGACCUUAAAAAUCUUUGUAAUGGAGGCCUGAGCGCUCUUGGGGAUCGUUCUUUUUCAAUUCUUCUAGAUGCAAGUGGUAAAGGAGAGCAAGGGCUCUUUCUUUUCGGGAGCUUAAAUUAUCUCUCCAAUCCAUGCAUCAACACGAAUUGUUCAACCACCCAAGGACCCUUGAAUUCCUUCCAUGAGAAGGAUUAUAAGUCUCUGGUGCUAGGUUUCCCACAGGGUGCACCAGUUUGCUCUCACUACGCACAAAAUGGAAUAUGCAAAUUUGGGGCCUCAUGCAAAUUUGAUCACCCAAUGGGAACACUGAGUUACAGUCCAUCUGCAUCUUCUCUUGCUGAUAUGCCUGUUGCUCCCUACCCUGUUGGAUCUUCAAUUGGUACUCUUGCUCCAUCAUUCUCCUCAUCGGACUUGAGGCCUGAACUCAUUUCCAGUUCCAACAGGGAUGCCUUAUCGACCAGAAUAUCUUCUUCAAUGAACACAUCUAGUGGUUCAGUUGGUUCAAUAUUUUCAAAGAGCGGAGCUGCUUCUCACUCUGGUGUCCAGCCGUCCGAACAGACUGGCAGCAGUAAAACAGGUCCUGGAGGUGUUACUCGCUCAUCAACCUGA